AUGGACAUAGAGGGCCCCCCGCCGGGUGACGAUGUCCCAACAUAUCCAUUUUUACAAUACACUGUAAGUAAAACAUUGGUGGAUGAGGUUAUUCAAGAAUUAAAAGUUAAUAUGCGAAGAAAUUGAAUAUCCAAGCUUUACAGACAAAAGAAUGGGCACAAAAGUUGAGAUACGGUCUUAUUGAUUUGGUUAAUGAAGGCUACAAUCCAUAUCAAUUGAAUUGGGACGAUGCUCCACAGCAUUUAAUGUAAGAUUAAGAAGAAUCUUUUUAGCAGAUCAAAAUUUAUUACCUAUAUUUUAGAGAAAACUGCCAAUUUUUGCAUUAUGCUACUACUUUUUUGAUGAUGUCGCCGGAUAGAAAGGAGAUCUCACUUACAUUCAACGUGAGUUAAUUUAUAAAUCCGUUAACACCGUCUUUAGGGUACAAAUUCACGUGAUCUUGCCUCAGCUGGACAGGGGUUUAAUGACUUUAAACGUGAAGGUACGGUAUUGUUUUGUCAUAAAUUUUAUUUUGCAGUAAAACUGUACGAUUACUCGGAGAAGUGUAACAGUGUUUGGCACAUGGAUUCUAUUGCGUAUCGAUGUUUCACAUGUGCAAGAAAUCCCUGUAAGUGUAUUUGUUUCAGAUUCUAUGUUUAGGUAUGUCAUUAUGUGCCGAGUGUUUUGAUGCUGCCGAUCACUCGACUCAUGAUUACAGUCGUUUCUUCUCUCAAUCCGGAGGUGCAUGUGAUUGCGGAAACAGCGACAUCCUUGAUCCUCAUGGCUUUUGCCAACAUCAUCAACCGAACGCGAUUCGGGUUGAUGCACCCCGGGAACUGUUGGUGUUCCCUGAAUUUGUGAUGACUAAAGUUUUGUUGAGAUUGGUAGCCACAUUCAGACAAUUUGUAUGGUUUGAAUUUCUUUUAAUAUUGUUUUUUAGGGGAAUCUCUAUCAAUCAGCUAGCUCACAUCGACCAGAAUCGUCUAAUAAAUGUAUAGCUGAGUCCGUCUCGAGGAAUUUAAUCACAGCUUCUGGUGAUUUUAUACAAUUUUUGCAGGUUUGUGCCUUCAACAAGAAUUUUGCAUGGAUGAGUUCAUUAGCUUAAGGUGCAAUUUUUAGGAAAUGGUAGAAUUAGGAAGACCAAUGAUUGAUGUUUUAUCCAAGAUUAUUUGUGAUGAAGAAUUGUAUCAACGAUUACAACCUGACAGUCCGCCUUUGGGUAAACGUUUCUUUAUUUUCUUAGUUUUCUUUCUUUUUAGACUCGCGAACAGUGAAAGUAGCCGAGGUUGAAAUGACACUUAAGAAGCACGAUCUUCUGAUGAGAGAUCUGGAAUCCCUGAAGCCAUCGCCUUCCCCAAAAUGUCUUCAGAUUGAUUUUUUUGAACUGAAGAUUGAAUUAAAGUGUUUAUUGGAUGAAUUGAUCUUCUACAUGGUCAGACUGGGAUUCCCCCAGAAUUUGAUCAACCUUCUCCUUAGUUUGUUGCCCAAUAAUCAGCUCAAGUCUCAAUUCUCGUGUCGUUUCUUUGAAUGGUAUGGUCUGAUCGAUGGUCUGAUGUAUGAAGUCAUGAACGAUGGAUACGCUGAUGAUCAUUUCGACCCGAAUAAGAUCGCUGCACGAGUUAUUCAUGCAUCUGUACAGGUAAUUGAGCCUUAUAUUUUACUCUGUUUUAGAUUUGCUCAAGUAAAAAUGUUUGUAUAUACCUGCAAGAGAAGGUGGGGAUCCUUCGCCGGGUUCUCGAUUCCGCCCUCAAGGUCAUUUACACAUCCUCGACUCACAUAAGUGCUCAUCAUGGUAAGUUAUUUAUUCUUUACGUCGGUAUUUUUAGCAAUUGAAUUUUGUUAUGCACGAAGUCCGAUAAGAACAACAGAUCCGGAGAAAUGGCAAGUCUUCAAUUUGAAUGGGAACCGUUUCUUUUCUCGAUUUGGACACUGGUAUUUGACUACAGAUCUGCAGAAUCUCUUCGCUCACAUCGAAUUGUGCAGGGACGUCUUCAGAAGUGAUGAUCUCAGUCGCAGAUACGUCGCUUUACUGUCAGCAUUGCAAGGUAAUUUUAGAUGACUUAGCAAAAAAAUCUUUUUAGGAGUUAACGUGCUUUGGAGAAUCGUGGAUGGAGAUCACAUUGAAACUGAUUCUUCGCAUUUAAUGCAGCGUUAUUUUACAGUGGAAUGGGAAGUAAAUUCGAUGUUACUGUUUAGUUCGGUGGUCAGAAUGACAGAAGAAGAUCUGUCGUCAUUGCGCAACUUUGCUUUCUUACUUCAAAAGCAAUUAAAGGUAAUAAAUACCCUGGAAGUUUUUAUUUCUUAGGAAUGGUUUGAUGCUGUGGGAGUGACAGAUAAUCACAGCAAGAUCCCUCCUUUCUUCUGCACCUCCCAUAUUCCAUUGCAUCGACAGUUUUCGGCUACCAUUUUACAGUACCUAAAAUUGACGAAUGACUUGGGUGUCAUGAGCGGGCUCGAUCAGGAUUUCUUGGCUUCUCUUUUAAUCCAUCCGCUGCGGAUUCAGGUAUAGUCAGAUUAAACUAAUAUUUACGUUUAGGCUAUGGUAUCAGAGUAUUUUGCCAAAAUGUGGGUGAGAAAUGGGAACAUGGCCAGGAAUAAUGUUUAUCUUUAUUGCCAAACGGCUCUGACUAAUGGAUUUUUGGAUUUGGAUAUGAGUUUGAUGAGGUGCGUGGAAUUUUUAUGUCUAAAAUUUCCUGUUCAGAUUAGUAUGUUCACAGUUGGAUGGAUGGAAAGUAAUGGAUCUGAUGUUCGACGCCUUCCAUCUCCACGAUUGUCUUAAUUUCCCUGUGGGGUUAGCCUUGUUGGAGACUCCGGCAAUGGACACUGUAAUAACUCAGAGAGAAUGGAUAUUCCCCAUGGUCGAUGGAUUCCUGAAACUCUUUUUGGAACUGCUUUUGAUCAAGUCUUAUGUUGAGAUGGAGGUGGAAGAAGAAGUCAAGUUGGAGGUUGUUCAUAUCCUCAGCACCAACCAACAACCCUACUCCAAACUCAGGCAAAAUCUUCCCGAUCGAGGGGCAGAGUUCAACGAACAAGUUAACAAUUGUUUUGAAAAGGUGGUCAAGAAGGUAGGUCUUUCCAAACAAUGCCAAUGGUAAUUUAUAUUAAGGUCGCUCGUUUCGAACAGCCUGAUCAAGGGAAUCAGAUUCAACAGGGUCUAUAUAUUCUGACUGAUGAAGCCUGGUGUAAUGAAGUGGACAUGAUCAGAGCUAGAUUCAGAGCAAGCAGUCCACGAGAGUUCAAUGCUCUUUUGAUGAGAAUGGAAGUGGCCCUCAGAGAAAGACUCUCCUCGCCCAAUGAAGCUCGUUUCGUCUGGCCUUCUUUUUUGAUUCCUGAUUUUGAGGACAAGAUGAUUAAUACUGACCACCUUCUCCUUCAUCCGGCAUCCAUCUGGGUAUGCCGGUAUGUGCUCGACUCUUAUCUUGCCCAUCCCCAAUCUGUUCCUGUACAUAUCCUCCAGCAGACCAUUUAUAUUCUCACUUUGAUGGUAGCUUAUGCUGUGAAAACGUCUUCUCCAGAGGCCUUUAGAUAUCUGAAUAGUUGCCUUGAUUAUCACCCAGACGUGUUCCUCCAACAUUCUCAGUCCUCUUCUGAAGGAUUGACUUCCGUCUAUGGUCUUUCUUUGUUCUUUUCUCUCUUCAAUGAAGCUGGUAUCCCUUCGGUGGUUACAAGGAGCAUGUCAUCCCCAGGUUCUGGAUCUCUUACUUCUCUGAUUUUGGAAUUGUAUCUGAGUCUCCAUUCCCAAGAGUUCCGAGAUAUUGAUCCAGCACACAGGGAUCGAGACUUACUAAGGAUUUGCAUGAAGAGUCCGGAUUCAUUGAAGAAGAUGGUGGGGUCGGGCACAGAAUACACGGCUCGUCUAAUCUGCUACUUGUAUAAUUAGUAAGCACACGGAGUAUCUGGCCCAAAAAUCGGGGAGGGGGGGGGGGGGUGUCUUUACAGUUAAAAUGGCGGCACGAAAGACGGUUACCUGGGUCCCCUUACCUACUUUUUUUACUGUUUUCGACCCCAACCCUUGAGAGUAUGAACCCGUCCCCCUUCCUCCCCUAGAUGCGCCCCUGGGCAAUCACAUUUGUAGAAACUGAAGGUUAAUUUAGUGAUCCUGUCUCUCGAAUUUCAUUGGACAAGAAGUUAAGAGUUGCCGAUAUGUCGUCGUCUCCAACAGUCGGGUCAUUGGAGAGGAAGAAUGAUUUUCUGGAAAAGAAGAUGGCCGCAAAACGAAGGCAAAUGGAGAUUAUGAGGAAUAAAAAAGUGCAGAACUCAGCUCUCAUGUCCAAAUUACUCGAAAUCGAGGGUCUCAAAGAAGAUGACAUUAAGGAGAAGGAGAAUGGGCAGAGAUACGAUUGCCCGAUUUGUAAUGGAUCUGAAGGGGUUGAAGAUGCCUUCGGUCUCUUUGUCUAUACUCAAACAACUUCGGGUAUGUUGCUUUUUAAGACGAUUAUAGUUGUAGUGGCCAAUGGUAUGAUCCAUAAAGAAAGCACUAUUCUGAAUCCGGAUAAUUCUACAACACAUGGUCGAUACGAUCGUUUCGCUUAUUGGGAGAAGCAAUCCGCAGCUGUAUAUAACGAAAGAUUCGGAGAUAAUAUGGUUUUGACAGUUUCCACCGGCGAACUCAAGGUCUGUGGUCACUUUGCCCACCUCAAAUGCUUCGAAAACUACAAAACCAGUGUACAUGUAAGUCUUGUUUCCUAAGAAAACGUUUCUUUACCAUUUAUAUUGAGAAUUGUAUUCAGGAGAAUGGAAUAACUGUAAAGCAUCGUAUGAGUGUCCCUUGCCCAGUCUGUCGGAGUAAUGUGACCUCACUGAUUCCUCUGGAUAUUCAUUUAAAACAAUCAGAUUCACAUAUCUCUGAGAAGUUUGCCUUUGAUGAAGCCAGAUUUGUUGGUGACUGCAGCUUCUUUUUCAAUGGGGCCCAGGAUGUGAUCAACGAAUGGGAUCGCCUAACCAUGGUAUUCUAUAAUUUUUAUCAGAAUUAGUGAAGGUAAUGGAAAUAGUAAGACUUUCUUUAGGACAUUGACAACCAACGGACCUUGGCCAAUGCCUAUCACAACUUUAAACCGUUUCUUUUAAAACUAAUUCAACUAAAUGAACAUCUGGAAACCGUGAACAGCGUGGAUGGGCGUCGAUUUGCGUUCACUCGUAUUUUAGACGAGUCGUUACUUCAGAACCCAUUCAGAACUACAAUAUCCAUUCUGAAGAAUCAAGUGGAUCGAGCUUCAUUGAUAACUUCUAUGAAGUGCAAUUAUCCCACAAGACUGCGAAACCUCUUCACAGGUAUGAUUUAUAUUUAUUGCGAGAUUUAUAAAAUGCUUGUAGAUAGUUUACUGAAACUUUCUCUCUCUCGAAUCAGCGCUCAAGAAAAUAAUUUGAAGUUGUUGCGAUCGGUCUGGGAGAAGUUGAAUGGGAGGAUCGAUUCGAGCGUCCCCAUUCUUCUCUACGAUUCGUCAACUCUUUUGAUUUUGUUGAUUACCGUAAUUACUUCAAUUCCAUCGAUAGAAAAGGAUCAGUUGAGAGGUAAACCAUUGAUUAUUUAAUUUUUCAAAAAGGUUCUAGGUUUCUAUCGGUAUUGUUAUUGCAUUUGCCUCAUCCAAAACUGGUGCCGCACUAUUCUAAUGUUUUAUCUUCGGACGGAUCGCUCUCAACACGGCUCAGUUAAUCCGUCUGCAGACUCGGUACGUCUCAGUUCAUAUUCAGUCAGUUCAUAUUCAGUCUCCCUUCGGUCGAGAUGUACAUGCAAAUAUUUUUUUUUAGAUUUUAAAAAUUCUAAGGAAACUUGACGACGACGAACAGAACUUCUUUGAUCCCCAACUCACCCGAAGGUCCAUCCGAUUCGAUGAAUUGUCAACUCGGAUAAACGAAUCGGCCAUGUCGUUCUCAUCCUUCGCUUUGAAUCUGAUGAUUGAGGCCGGUCUUCUUUCUCCCGUCGCUGAUUCCGCCUUCCAUGAUUGUGGAAUGUUCGAAGACUUGGCCAAAGUUAUUUUGGGCCUACCCAUUUCAUUCUCGGGGAUUCUGAAAAUGAUGGAACCCAAGGUGGAGGCCUGGUUGAAGGAUGUUGUUCCUAAUUUCACGGCGGAUGAGUUAAUGCGGGAAACUUUCUUAACCGAAGCCUGGUGGACCCCACGGAAACUGAAGGAGCCUCCUUUGUUAUUUGAUUCUUUGUUCAAUACUUACUUCAAGUACAAAUGUAACAGAUGCGGAGAGGCUCCUUCACAGCCUUCCAUUUGCAUGGCUUGUGGUUCCACUGUUUGUGUUUAUGAUUGCUGUGAUAUUAGCAUUGAAGGGCAGACCAAUACAGUCUCGGAAGUGGAGCAGGUAACACAAUUGUAAUUCUAAUCGAGUAAUCUUUUAGCAUUCUUAUUCGUGCACGGCAGGGGUGGGAUGCUUUCUGUCACUGAACUCGACGAUGGUAAUCAUUAUCCACGGUGGUCUGUGUAAUCUUUGGGGCUCCAUUUACCUUGAUGAUCAUGGUGAAGAAGAUCGAAACCUAAGGCGGGGCAAGAAGCUAACCUUGUCCACAACCCGUCUCCGACGUCUCACUGAGCUCUGGGUGAGCCAUGACUUUGAUCGGAGUGUGGGAAACAGGAGCUGGUUCCCUGUGGAACAUCUGCUCCACAUUUUAAAGGAAUGUCAUCUCUAUCCAAACUAA